AUGCUCUCCUAUUGGACCAGAAAGACGUCGGUGACAUCAAGCGCUGACGACUUGCGCACGCUUUCCCUUCACGUACUCGCUCGGGCUGGGUUCGGAAAAUCCUUCAAAUUCGUGGGCCAUGAUGAGCAGCAGCCUUCAACAAGCCCAUCUAGCAGCUACAAAGAGUCUUUACAGACUGUCUUGGAAAACCUAGUUCUUAUACUAGGUUUAGGAACCAAAUUUCUGGCGAUUCCCUGGUUGCCCCGCAAACUUCGCCUGGUUCACGAGGCCUGCGUCUCAUUCCAGGCAUACAUGACCAACUUGUACGAGGAAGAGAAGCGUGCAUUUGCCGAGAACAAGGAUCGAGACCACAAUCUGAUGACAUCGCUGGUUCGUGCAUCCCAAGAUGAAGCCAAGACGUCGGGUGGCCUCACUGAGGGAGAGAUAUAUGGCAAUAUGUUUGCUUUCAACUUUGCGGGGCAUGACACGACGGCGCAUACUUUCACCUUUGCCCUGUAUUUCUUGGCUGCGCACCCGGAAGUCCAAGACUGGCUGUCGGAAGAGAUACGCGCUGUUGCUGGUGGCCGACAGCCUUCCGAAUGGGAUUACAGAGCAGAUUUCCCUCGUCUCAAACGGUGUCUCUCUAUAAUAUUUGAGACGAUUCGCCUGUAUACCGUUGUACCAUCCAUUAAAUGGACAGCUGACAAAUCUCAACCCAUCAGUAUCAACGAAAAGACAGUUAUCAUUCCACCUGAUAGCAUGAUUGCUCCAAGUUACGGCUCUGUACAGACAGACCCUAGAUUCUGGGGCUCUGACUCUCUUGAAUGGAAACCUUCACGUUGGAUCAAGCCAAGCGCUACGUCGAUGCCGGGCGACGAGGAUCUCAAUAUGCCCGUACGUGGUGCAUUCAUUGGUUGGUCCGAUGGCACUCGCGACUGUCCAGGAAAGAAAUUCUCCCAAGUAGAGUUCGUGGCAACCAUUGCGACACUAUUCUUGGAUUGGCGAGUAGAUCCGGUGACGGCCAAAGGCGAAAACAUCAAUGCCGCGCGAAACAGGGUCGAGCAACUUAUCAAAACAGAUUCUGGUCCUGUUUUGCUCUUGCAGAUGCUGCACCCCGAGCGUGCGCCUCUGGUUUGGAAAAAGCGAUAG